AUGUACAACACUGAUAGUGACAAUGGAAAACGCAAUAUUAGAGCAUUUAGCAAAUUUUUAAAUGCACAUGGUAUUACCGCCAAAAGAUUGAGAAAAAUAGGGAGUAAACAUGCUUCUAGAGUUCAUGGUAGUCAAAAUCCAAUGCCCCAACAUCUUAGUUUACUUUGUAGAAUUGCAAUGAGACAUAAGAUUGACUGUUUUGAUUCUGGAACUUAUUAUGCUGAGGGUGACACUUCUGAUUCUGAUACCAAUCCUGAUAAGAAUAAUGAUCUUUCAAAGGAAUGCCCUUCCCCCAACUGUGAUAAAGAUGUUGAAAUUUUUGAAGAGUUUUCUAGACGAGAUUCCACAUUGAGUGGUGUUUCAUCUGUAACUGCUAGAAUGGAGAAAGAACUCCAGGUCAAUUCUACUGGAAACUCGCAGGAUAAUGAAAGGAUGGAUAUAGAAUAUGAAUCGGAGGAUGAAAACAAUACUUUCCAAACGCAAGCAUCUACGCAAGAAAGAUCUUGA